CAGGACCUGUGAUCAUGGAUCACUCUUUCGCAGGCUCAGGCAGGUCAGGUCGCGAGUUCUACCAUUCGGGCCAUGAUGAUUACGACAAGCACGGCCGAGGAAGCUCGGGGUCCGGACACCGAUCAUCCCAAGGCGACAUGCGACCCGUCGAAGGGGAAAGAGAGACAUACAAAACAGCUGCCAAUCUUCUGGCCACAAUAAUGACGAUGAUAAAGGACGAUCCAGUUACUGAUGAAGGUCAAGGGUAUGCUCAUGAGCGAUCCGCCAAAAGUGGGUACAACUAUCGCGAGUCGUAUAACUCCGCACCACCCACGGGCUCCAAACAGAGCUUAGGCUACAACGAGCCCUUCAGUCGUCCGGGUGGAUUGGCAGGAGGCCCUGAUCGCUAUGACUACAAUGAGCCCCCCAGGGGCCAACAACACGGCCCCCAGGGCUAUGGAGGUGGCUAUGGAGGUGGCUAUGAUGAUCGCUGGGGCAGCGGGAAGGAGUUUUCUGAGCCUGGCAUCAUGUCCAAUAAGCACGGCUACAGAGGUCACGCAGAGCAGGCUGCAUUCAAGGCACCUGCAGAUAUGCGAGGCUUUUAUGGCCGUGGCCGCACCUCCCGUAACUUUCGCGGGCAGGUUGGCAGGCCAGGCUUCAACAACCGUGAGGGCCGCCCGCCGACAGACCACGGGGGAGCACCCUAUGGGUCGGGCUUCCGUGGCUACGGUACCAAACCAGGCCAGAGGGGCAGGCCCUUUGAUAGGGCUGGCAGAGACUUCACGGAUCGCAGGGACCGUGGGCGCGGGGGCACUCCGUCCUGGAGGGGCGCUGCGGCCGCGGAUUUCAGGGAGAAGAAGGUGGUGCCCUUGUUGGGGCUGACCGCUUCACGGAAGAAGAAGGCUGGCGGCCGAGACGAAAGCGGCGGUGGCGGCAGCGGUGGCAGCGGCGGUGGCGCCGGUGCCGGUGGCGCACCCAGCACAAGUCAGAAGCCUCAAAAGCCGACAGGCUCAGCAGGAGCUGGCACGGGCUCUGAGAAGCCAAGGGUGACGGACAAGCCGGCGGCCACCAGUGAAGAGACGGGCGCAAUUAAGAGGAAGUUGUCACCUUCUCUGGGACCAUCUGACAAGAAAGCCAGCAAUGAGGAGUCGGGCAGUAUCGUCGAGCCCGAAACCAAAAGGGUCAGACUCUCUACACAUGCUACUGUGUUCUCGUGCCCGCUGUGCCGCUUCCGCACAAAAUACGAGAGCGAGAUGGAGCAGCACAUGCAGAGCAAGUUUCACAUGGAGUCUCUGAGGCACCUUCAGGAGGGUUACGUGGAUGACCCCCACAUCUCCAAGACCAUUAAUGAGUUCAUCGAGCUGCGAUACCAGAAACGUAAGGCUUCAAAUCAGAUGUUAGGUGACCACUCGGACAAAGUCAUGCCCAGCAAUGCCAACGGAGACAACGUGAUAUUGGACGACAGCAUGGAAUCGAUGGAGGUUGUUCGCUGCUACGCCUGUAAUGCCAAUAUAUUUAACAUUACAUGGGUAAUUAAGAAACACAUGGAUUCUGAAGAACAUCAAUUUAAUAAAAAGAACUUCAAUAAUGAGCGGAAGCACAGUGUGCUCAUAAUUUGCAAGAGUAUCCUGCACAACCAAUGCAACUUCAAAACACUCAAAACCUUGAAUGAGAAAUACCAUAAAGAGGAGACUUCAGCAGUGGAGAGCUCCUCUUCAACGCCUGAAGAGAAAGUAAAAAAGAUUACGACUGCAGAUGACAAGAGCAAGGAUGACAAGACCACUGUUGGCAAGACCACCGUGGAGAAAAACGCCACCUUGAAGAAGACCGUCUUAAAAACGAGCGGCACGGAAGCCAGCGCUACGAAGGGUCAAAUCUCCAAGGGGACAUCAAAACCCAGAGCCAAGGUUGUACAGACUGGGAAGGUAGCGGCGAAGAAGGCAAAUGUUUUGGCCACAGAAAAAGCAAAAGAAAAGUUCCCGGCUAAAGACAUCGAUGUCAAGACCAGCAAUACGAAACAGAGCUCAGGAUCAAAGACGACAACCCUUCAAGUCGAGAGGGAAGAGAGCAUCAAUAAAGCAUUCGGAGAGGAUCUGAGCAAACAGGAAGAAGAAGAAGAAAGGAAUAAUGCAGAGCUUGAGCUGGAAAAGGCAGAGGAGGAGCAAUAUGAGGUUGUUGAGCCAGAUGAGGCAGAGAAUGAAGAGGCUUUGAAGAAUGAAUGCUUUGUGGUAGAGGAGGGGCUUCUCCUGAAGGCCAAGGAGAGUGAUGUUCUGCUCCAAGAUGACGAGCAACUUCUUGAGAUGUGCGAGGAAGAUGAGUCUCUUGAGAUGUGUGAGGAAGAUGAGCCUCUUGAGGUAGAUGAGGCUCCAGAAGAAGGUGACCCCGAUAGCCUGGACGAUGACACUUACUUGGAAGUUGACGCGUUGGCUGACGAUCACGACGCAUCAUUCGGCGACAAGCAGAGCGUGGGCGAUAAUGGGGAGGAAGAGUCGAAGAAUGAAGCCGACGAUGAUGUCAUCAUAAUCGAAUUUGAUGGAGACGCUGCCCUGCCAGCGAGCGUGGUCCCCACCGAUAUGAGCAAUAAUGGAAGUGAAAAGCCAUUAAAAUGCCCCCCUGUAGCAGAGGAUGCUACCACAACCACUGCACCUGCUCCGUGCACUCCGAUGCCAAUGGAUGCACUGCCACCACCUACUAUCAAAGCAGCAGCCAGAAAACCGAUUAAAGGAGUCACCAGGGUGGCUGGAGGAGCCAGAAAAGCAGGAGCAGCUGCAAAAACAAAGGCCAAACGGCCUGCAGGCAAUGCAGUAAAAGGUGGUAGGGUUAAGGCGAUUAAAUGGACAGUGGAGGCAGUUAGAGUAAGCAAGGUGGUGAAGAAGCCAGUGGUUGAGGCAAUCGGGGUGUUUGAGGAAACCGUUCUGCCAUCGGAAGAGGCUGCUGGAGAAAUGGCUGAAGCCGGCAAGAUGUUGAAUACAGCGAUCCAGGAGGUGGUCCAGGAACAUGCAAGCAAGCCUGCUGUGGAAGCCAUGGCUUGUGAGGAGGCCAAUGAAGUUGUGGGCUCGGAAAUGCCGCUCGGAGCAGAGGAGUCGAAGCAGGACGAGAGGAGCACUGCAGUGGCGCUGCCUGAGGUUGUGGUGAUGGAGGACGUUCUUCACCCGGCAAGAAGGGAAGGGCAAGCAUUGGCCGCGUCAGUCAGGGGCCGCGGGGCACGGGGUCGAUGCAAGCGAGGCAAGCGGAAGGCUGUGUAGAAUCGGAGGCCACAGUGACGUGCGGUGUGCCCCUUUGUGUAAGCGCUAAGAGUUAAACCAGUGUCAAUUUAUAUUAGCAAGUAGGUAUUAUUUGUAUUGCUUUUAUUUUUAGCGAUAUUUCUUGACAUUCUAAUUCAGGACUGUUCUCAAGUAAAAGCCAAUUCUUGUCAUACUAGCCUUUUGCCCGUCCAAGGACGGGUGUAUUGCAGUAAAUCUCAAACUUGCAAGCGAAAAGCAGACCGCGAUGUGAUAUUCAUUGCAUCCAUUCGUGUGCAAUUUGUAAGGGCGCGGUGACAGAGCUAUUUCCUUUUAAGGUUAUAUUCCCAAAUUCAUCAUGACAUCCUUUUUACUUCUAUGUCUCAAUAGCGUUACGGAGAUUGCGUGACGUGAGGGUUCUGCCUUUGUAGUGAGGGUUAUAAGUUGACGCUGAGUAGGGGGGAGGAGGCACCUCGCCCCCCCCCCCCCCCCCCCGUGUAGAUUGACGUCAGCCGCUAAUUAUUAUGAAUGGAGGGGGGGGGGGUGUCCAUUUGGAAGACAUCACCUUAUGAUUAUUAAUGAGGGGGGCUGUUGUAUGUGGAGUUGCGUCACCUGCUCAUGAUUAUUAAUGAGAGGGGCUGGUGGGUGUGGAGUGACGUCACAAGCGUUAAGGACAUUCCUGGGUGAUUAUAGUAGAUAUAUGAUAAGCCCCACCACUUAAUAAAAUCUUGGAUGCAUUA